AUGACUGAGGGUGGCAGCAAGAGUGAAAGUGGCGGUAAGAAGGAGAGGAAAACUGUUGACAUCAAGAAGUUCACCGUCGACCUUCUCACCGGUGGUACAGCAGCCGCUAUAUCGAAAACUGCCGUCGCUCCUAUCGAAAGAGUGAAGCUGUUACUACAGGUACAAGAUGCCUCAAAAACAAUUUCGGCCGACAAACGGUACAAAGGUAUUAUCGAUGUGUUGGUUCGUGUUCCAAAGGAACAAGGCUUUUUCUCUCUGUGGAGAGGAAAUUUGGCAAACGUGUUGAGAUAUUUCCCGACACAGGCGCUCAACUUCGCCUUUAAAGACACGUAUAACGUGAUGUUUUUGAAAGGUGUUGACAAAAAGAAGGACUUCUGGAAGUUCUUUGCCGGUAAUCUCGCAUCGGGAGGAGCUGCUGGUGCAACAUCUCUUUGUUUCGUAUAUCCACUCGAUUUUGCUCGAACUAGGCUGGCUGUUGACAUCGGAAAAGGAACUGGUCGAGAGUUCCAAGGGCUCACUGAUUGUUUGGUGAAGGUCUUCAAGUCAGAUGGUCCAAUUGGUCUUUACCGGUUUGUUUUUUUAAUCAUCGAGCUAGCAUCGUUUGUAGCGUAG